UUCACUCCGACUCCAGUUUGGAGGGGACGGCGCGCAAACCUGGAGGCAAGGAAAGGAGAUGAAGAACCCAACACUUCAGUCCUGCUCCGCGAUUGGCCGAUGAAGAUGGCCCACCUCUUCCUGGCCGGCAAGACGGUCCCGUCAGAGGGCGGCGACCUGGCGUCUUUCUCCUACGAGAAGCUCCAUUCGCCCGGUAGGGACCGCGACGCCGCGGUCACGGCGACGUGGGCCCCGCACGCCGACGAGGCGCAGGUCCUGAGCGCGGCCACCGGGGGCGCCGAGAUGUCCUGCUACCGCUGCACGGUGCCCUUCGGGGUGGUGGUCCUCAUCGCCGGCGUGGUGGUGACGGGGGUGGCCUACACCUUCAACUCGCACGGCUCCACCAUCUCCGUCCUGGGACUGGUCCUGCUGGGGGCCGGGCUGGGCCUGCUGGGGGCCAGCGCCACCUGCUGGAGGCUGCGGGCCCGCGGGGACAGCGACCGCAGGAGGAGGGAGAGCCAGGCCGACCUCGUGGCGGGCCCGGGGUACUUCGGGGCGUGAAAAACCACUUGCGGGAAAUUGCCGGAGGAGGAGUUUGAAAACUUUGGGACUCCAAAGAUUACAGAGGAGACAUUUUCACAAGGAAUCCUUUAUGAUGAGCCUAACCCUAAAUUGGAAAAACACUCCCCAAACGGCAUCGUGAAAAAAGGAAUAU